AUGAAGUACCCCGUACAGGCUCGCAACUUACAUCUCUCACCUCCCGACUCCACCCGCCAUCACAUCUACGCUCCACGAUUCUCCAGUACCACAAUCGGCAAGAUGCCUAGCUAUAUUGUUACCUGCAAAGACGAUGCCACCGAAGACCAGGUCAAGGCUGCGAAGCAGCAUGCCAUUGACCAGGGCGGCAAGAUCACCCACGAGUACACCCUGAUCAAGGGUUUUGCACACGGACGGCCACCACUGUCGGAAAAGUCCCUAUUGUCGUCUGCCAACUUCACACUUUCGCUGCUCCCCAUCCGACUUGCGAGACGAAUCCAAGCCCUCCGGAACUUGCCCUACAUCGUCGUCUCCAACCCCAACAUUUCCCGCAUCUACAACAACUAUCUCCACUCACUAUCGAUUCUUCUCCCGUACUGGCAUGCGGCCAGCCGGGGCCGUCCCGUUUCCACCCUCCAAGAUGAAAUCGAAUUCACAAACGUCCUCGCGGAGCUGGUGGCGACUCACACCGACACCAUCCCCAUCCUCGCCAAGGGCUUUCUGGAAUGCCGCAAAUACAUCUCACCAGCAGAGGUGACGCGCUUCCUGGACGAGCACCUCCGCGCGCGAAUCGGCACCAGAUUAGUUGGCGAGCAGCACAUAGCCCUCCAUUUCAGCAGCCAGCCUCAUUUCGCACCAGAGGACAGCCCCACGCCGUGUCCCGAACACCCGUCCUACAUCGGUGUCAUCGACACCGCUCUCAAGCCGUCUCUCACCAUUGACUCCUGCGCCGGCUUCGUAGCUGACAUAUGUGAGCUGCGCUAUGGCUCCAGACCGCAGAUCCACGUCGACGGCGAGCCAGACACCACGUUUGCCUUUGUCCCCACGCACCUGGAGUACAUUGUGACGGAGCUGCUCAAAAACGCGUUCCGUGCAACCGUAGAAAGCCGGGCUCGCGAACCCGUCGUCGUCACCAUCGCGCCCGAGCCGCCUCUCAAGGAACAACCCGGCGGCGCACCACUCAUCAAGCAGCCAAACAAAGAUCGAGGCCAAUUCCGCAGCGACGCCAUCAAACCCCUGGACGACAACGCUCCAGGGGUAACGAUACGCAUCCGAGACCGGGGUGGCGGCAUCUCCCCAGACGUGCUGCCCAAUAUAUGGUCCUACUCGUUCACCACGUUUUCCGACGACGACGGGUUCCCCGGCUCGGGAGGAAGCACAGGCCCCGAUGGUCUCAGCGCCAUAGCCACCGCCAGCACGGGCGGGAGCUCCAUCGCCGGCCUGGGAUACGGCCUGCCGCUUAGUCGUGCCUAUGCCGAGUACUUUGGCGGCGGGAUUGCCGUCCAGAGCCUGUACGGCUGGGGCACAGAUGUGUACCUGCGACUCAAGGGCGUGGGCAACCUUCACUGA